UCGAGAGACUGUUGGGUUGUGAACAUCGUUCUUACACAAAAUAAAAAUCAUCCGAAAUUGAAUUUUAUUGAAUCUACAUUCUUUUUUUUUUUUGGUUUGUUUAUUGAUUUUUUUCCCUUAUUGCGACUGAGGGGUGGUGAGUAUUUAAAAGUGGAAAAACACCAUUUAUUCGGUUUCUUAAAUUGUGCACAUUUUUCAAUCGGGACGAAAAUCAUUGUAAUAAAACGUUUAAAACAAAGUAAAAUUUAACAAUCAGCGACUUUACUAUCAACUUUACGAUUUGGGGGUUAUAACGAAGAAAAAAAAAUCCAAAAAAACGAAAACUAGCCUAUCUUCCAAUUCUUGAAUAAUUCAAUCGAAACUUGGUAUAAUGGUUGCCGAUCAAUUACCUGAUUUUACAAAAUGCACCGAAGUGGCUGCAUUAAGCUGUGGUGGAAAGGUAAUAUUCGCAAGCGAUGAUUUUUUCGCCGCUGCUGAAGGUAUGUUACGGGACAAUGAACCGAUUUUCAUUGCUGAUAAAUAUACGGAUUAUGGAAAAUGGAUGGAUGGUUGGGAAACGCGUCGCAAACGUACGGUUGGUCAUGACUGGUGCAUUAUUCGUUUGACUGGACCAACAUCGAUUAAAGGUUUUCUUAUCGAUACCGCACAUUUUACCGGAAAUUAUGUGCCGAAAAUUUCAAUUCAAGCCGCUUUGCUCACAGCAAAUGCUGAUUCAGUGGCACCGAGUAGAAAACCCGAUGUUAUUGGUCGUGCACCAUCGAAUCGUGAUUUUGAUAAAAUGGCACGAUUAAAAUCCAACGAUUGGAAAACAAUAGUCGAGAUGACUGAAUUGAAGCCGGGCUAUGACGAAACGCGCUACACAUACAUUUCAAAUACAGAAUACACCGAUAAAUAUACACAUUUACGUUUGAAUCUUUAUCCGGAUGGUGGGAUUGCACGUUUUCGGGUUUAUGGCGAUAUUGAUUUGGACAUUUCUCCGGAUAUGAGCAAUACAAUUUUGGACAUGUUUGCCAUGCAAAAUGGCGGUCGAUGUUUAAAUUAUUCGAAUGCUCAUUAUGGUCAUCCAAAAAAUUUAAACAAACCGAGCCGCGCACUUAACAUGGGCGAUGGUUGGGAAACAGCUCGUCGAUUGGAUCGUCCGGCAAUAAUUGAAAUGACCGAAAAGGAUGUGCUCAACGUUCCUGGCUGUGAAUGGGCAAUUUUCCGUUUGGGAACAAUGUCAACAAUUGUUUCAAUUGAUAUUGAUACGAAUCAUUUCAAAGGGAAUGCACCGGAACAUGUGACUAUCGAAGGUACUACACGUGGUGGUGAUUUUUCUACCACAUUUACUGACAGUGAUUGGACGGUUAUUCUGGAUAAAGUAAAGAUUCAACCGCAUAAAUUGCAUUGCAUCAAAAAAGAAUUAAAAAAUGUGGGCCCAUUUAAUUGUGUUCGAAUUACAAUGGCACCCGAUGGUGGAAUUUCACGUGUUCGAAUUUUCGGCCAGGCAUUCAUCGACAAGCAAAAUGGUGAUGCAAACAAACCAGCAGAUGAUGUACCCGUAGAAAAUGUACCGGUUGAAAAUGUGGCAAUAAAUGCUGGAAAUUCCAUUGAAAUUCCGGAAAAAAAUACAACUGAGAACGUUGAAAGUGUUGAAACAGUCACAUCUGAUACAAAUCAGCAACAUGAAAACUCAACUUCAGAUUAAUUGCAUUUUAUUAAGCUUCUUAUAUACAUACAAUUGUUUUAUAUUCAGACACUUUUGAUCGUAAAAUAUCCAAUUAUAAUCGCGUACAACAAUGUCAUUGUCACUUCUAAAUGAUACACACAAUUUAGCAAUUUUUUAAUGGCUUAAGCAUCUGAAACAGCUGCAAUAAACUACAAUUGAAUUA